GCCGCCGCGAGCCCCCGCCGCCGCCCGGGAGCUGCUCCGGCCGCGCCAUGCGGGAGCUGGCCAUCGAGAUCGGGGUCCGCGCCCUGCUCUUCGGGGUCUUCGUUUUUACAGAGUUUUUGGAUCCAUUCCAGAGAGUCAUCCAGCCAGAAGAGAUCUGGCUCUAUAAAAAUCCUUUGGUGCAAUCAGACAACAUACCUACCCGCCUCAUGUUUGCAAUUUCUUUCCUCACACCCCUGGCUGUUAUUUGUGUGGUGAAAAUUAUCCGGCGAACAGACAAGACUGAAAUUAAGGAAGCCUUCUUAGCGGUGUCCUUGGCUCUUGCUCUGAAUGGAGUCUGCACAAACACUAUUAAGUUAAUAGUGGGAAGACCUCGCCCCGAUUUCUUUUACCGCUGCUUUCCAGAUGGAGUGAUGAACUCAGAAAUGCACUGCACGGGUGACCCCGAUCUGGUGUCCGAGGGCCGCAAAAGCUUCCCCAGCAUCCAUUCCUCCUUUGCCUUUUCUGGCCUUGGCUUCACGACGUUCUACUUGGCUGGCAAGCUGCACUGCUUCACCGAGAGUGGGCGGGGGAAGAGCUGGCGGCUGUGUGCUGCCAUCUUGCCCCUCUACUGUGCCAUGAUGAUUGCCCUGUCCCGUAUGUGUGACUACAAGCAUCACUGGCAAGAUUCUUUUGUUGGUGGAGUCAUUGGCCUCAUUUUUGCAUACAUUUGCUACAGACAGCACUACCCCCCUCUGGCCAAUACAGCUUGUCACAAACCCUACGUCAGCCUCCGGGUCCCGACGUCGCUGAAGAAAGACGAGCGGCCCACAGCUGACAGUGCACCCAGCAUGCCUCUGGAAGGCAUCACCGAAGGCCCCGUAUGACGAGGGUCUCAGGACGAUGGACGCUGAGCCCAGGGCCUGCUCUUCCACCCCUCUGGCAUCAUAACACAGUAGAAGAGGCUUUCUGUCAUGUGUGUCUCAUCAGUUGUUUCUCAGAGUUACCCUUCUGCUUCAUUUCGCUGAUGGUGUUCCUGCUACUUUAAGUGUGUCUUUUCAACUUUCUCGAAUUUGCAAAGGAAGGACACAGAAACUGUCUCAGAGAGACAUAUGGAAGGAGGCCGCAAGGACGGGGCGGGUGUAACUUGGUCCAUUCCUUUAUCUGAAAUGUUUGCUGUCACAGCCACCGUCCUGUGUUGUCAUGGUUGUAAAACACAAUAAAACCUCCC